UACUUUUUAUUUGUUGUCGCCUUCCGCAGCUGAUCUUAACUUUAUGUUAUGUCUUUUCCAGUCCCACAGCAAAUUGCCCUCCAUUUUGUUAGCCAAUUACAUUAUUUUUAGCUCAAGAGGAAAAAAUCAAAUAAAAUCUGAUUAGCUUUGCGUCAUGGUCGUAGGUUCAUUUAGGUUCCCGUUCAACUAACACAAUUCGUGUUUUUUCUUUUCCACGAGUAUUUGUCUGUUUUUGCUCUUCUCAUUCGCCUUUGUGUUGGUGGCUAUUAAUAAAAAGGAAUUAACGGCAAAAACCGGACCCACACAAAGUGCCUGCGAUCCCAAUGAGGCACAUGACCAUAAACAACGGGCCACCACAUACAUACAUAGGUUAAUGGCAUGGGUUUUAGAGGCAACCGACAAAGCGACGCGACAUUCGCGACCACUCCCCCUCCGCCCACGCUGCAGCUUGCGGAUAGGCCGCUGCAUAAAAGACCAAAUCGCAUUUGGUGCGCUAAUGAACCGCAGCGGAUCUGACCAGCAGCAAAAACCAGAACCAGAACUGGACCAGACGCGGAGUCGACAGCGGCGGCUUCGGCUGGUUCAACUACCUUUUGCCGCAUAUUCAAAACCAGCCAACUGGGCGUAUGCGUACUCAGCAACUUUAAAGAUAUUCGUAUUAAGGUUUGAUAAAAGGCAGAAGAGAUAUAAAAUGGCAAAUAAACAGAUGCGGAUCCAUUUUUUUGAACAGCCAAAUCUGCCAUGGACACGAAAAUAUUUAAUAUCGUUGGUACCUGGAUAAAUUUGGUUUUUUAUACCAUCGAUAUGCAUUUAACAAAAUCUCAUUCUGAAUUAUGACCAAAAUGUCAACAUGCUUAGUAUUCGUUCUGUCAAUUUUAAAGACAUAAAAUACCUAAUUCAGUAUCGUUGGUACCUAGAUGACAUAUAUCAUUGGUUAAUCCAUACAA